UUGCUCCAAAAGAAGGCUUUCGCCAAGUGCGCCAAUGAACGGCAAGAUGAAAAUGGAAAGAAACUCAUCGAAGCCAACUUGACAUCGAUUCGUGUCACACACACAGGUUUGUUGACUUGAAUAUGAAAGGUUGAAUUAGAAUGGUUCUUCAUUUUCAGAUGAAGGUCGUCAACUGUCAAAAGAAGGUGCAUUCGGUCGAAAUCCGAAUCAACGGAGGAACCAUCGCUCAAAGGUCGACUGUACUUGUGAGCACCUAGAGAAGCAAUUUCCAGUUAGAAGUGUCUUCGCGGUGCUGGUCAACGCAUGGUGAGUGAUUUUUUUGAAAAAACUACGUAGAUGCGCUGUAGUUGGAAAGCGAGUUGAUUUUGAGUCAAUCAAUCAAUCAAGAACUUUUCGUGAUGGAUGGAGUUUUCAAAUAUGGUUAUCGCGUUGGUUUAGAUGUUGAAUUUUGGAUGAGAUGAUUGUUGAAAUGGUGUUAUUGGUUGAAACUGACCAAUUUCAUCAACUACUAAUCUCAUCAUUUCAACAAGUCACCAGUAUAGUUCGAUUAGCGCCAAUGUUCGCUAUCGAGUAUUCACCAUCUCAACCAAAAACAUAGAAAUCUCUGAAAACUCACAUCCACCACGAGAUAAUCGACCAUAGAAGUCGAGUCGAUAAAACCCAUCGACUCAAGUUGACUUGACAACAAAAAUACAAAUUGCAAAAUAUUUUGUCUAACUCUAUUCAUUUCCAGAACUCAUACCAACACUCGUCUUCAUUAAUUGGACAUCAAAUCAGCUCAAAAUGCAUUGGAAGCAACUACUUUGUCGGACGGAUGCAUCGCCUCUAGAAAUCUAUGUUCGAAAUCGAAACUAG